GAGAUAGCGGGCUUCUACUCGCGCUACCCGCACCAGAGCUGGAAGAACGUCAUCAGCAUCGGUGACUCCACCUGCGAGCGGCAGGCCGCGCGCAAGGUGGUGCCCCUGCGCCCGAGCGCCGAGCAGAAAUGCCGCGUCAAGACGAUGAAACUGCUCGAGGAGCCGGGGCUCGAAGACCUGACUGUGCAGGUGCGGGCGAUCUGCAAGAUCAUCAAGGCGAUGGUCCAGCACGACGGCGACCUGGACAUCGAGCUCGGCGCCGAGGAUCUGCACGACGACGCAUCGCUCGAGGGGGCCGUCACUCCGACCUCGUCCGCUGACCUGGUCAAGUGGCCGUGA